AUGUCCUCUGCUCAUGAUGCCACCACCAAGAUCUCCAUUGACAAGUUCGACGGCGACAACUACGCGACGUGGAGCCGCUACAUGCGUGGUGUGUUUCUCACCAAGUCGGUGUGGCAUGUGGUCAACCGGGAGACCACCCCCACCUUCGCCGAUCCUCGCGCCAGUGAUGACUACGUCAAGACGAACAACAUUGCGUUCGGCUUGAUGCUGCUGCACAUGAGCGCGGAUUAUCAUCACGUGGUUGAUGACUGUGAAGAGGCGUGGGUCGCGUGGGCGCGUUUGAAGACGCUGUACGGUGGAUCGCAGAAGGCUGGACGCAUCUACUUGAAGCGCCAGCUCUUCAGUAUGGAGAUGGCGGAAGGCGGCAAUGUGAUGCAUCAUUGCAACGAAGUCCUCAACAUCAGCGCGAAGCUCAGCAGCAUCGGCGCCAAGAUGGAGGACGAGGACGUGGCGAUCUGCUUGUUGCGCAGCCUCCCCAAGAGCUACGAGAACGUCGUUCUCAACUUGGAGAUGAGCAGCGCGGAACUGCGAUCGCGAGACGUCGUGAGAGUGCUCACGAAUGAGCACAUCAAGAGGCAAGGUGACAAGACGACAUCGGUGAAGACUGAAGACGCGGCGAAGACGUUCAGUACCGAGCGUGAACCUCGCCAGUGUACAUACUGCGGAAAAUUGGGGCACACGGCGGAGCGGUGCUGGACCAAGCAGAAGGACGAAAAUCAAGGUGGAGCUCGACGCGGCGGCAACAAUGCUCGUGGACGCGGAGCCAACAACGUUCAGUGGCGAACCAACAACAACAACGACGACAACUACGAUCGAGUUGCGUUCGCGGUUUCGCUGGAGGCUGGACUUUCGACGGGCAAGAAUAUGCCAGGGAUGUGGGCAGUCGACAGCGGUGCGACGCAUCACAUCUGCAACGACAAAGCCAAGUUUGCAAUCCUGAAUGAGCGAGAGGAAGGCGAACUAUCAGUGGCUGAUGGCAGCAAGGCUGCGAUCAAGGGUGUGGGAACCAUCAUGGAACGGGUGGUUCUGCCCAGGAGUGACGAACGCGACAUCGAGAUCAAGGACGCACUAUUCGUACCAAGUAUGAGCAAGAAUCUGCUUUCGGUGCCACAAAUCAACAAGGGUGGCAGGUUCCAAGUCGUGUUCGAUGGAUCCAAGAUGCAAGUGAAGCGCAAGAAUUCCACACAAGUCGUGGCGACUGCAGAUCUUGUCGAUGGACUUUACUGGCUGCGGACUCCUCAACGAUCGGCAAAUGCAGCAACACGCAACGGGACUAUAGACUUGCAUGCGCGCAUGGGUCAUGCACCCCUCGAAGUUCUGCGCAAGAUGGUGGCCACUGGCAUGAUCAAGGACGCCAAGGCACCUCUCAACGCGACUGGUCCAAGUGUGUGUCGCGGUUGCCAGCAAGGAAAGAUGGUCCAAAAACCAUUCCCAAACAACCGUGACAAACGCCAAUAUGGUGUGUUCGAGUUGCUGCACUUCGACAUCUGCGGGCCAAUGGAACAAGUCUCGAUCGGCGGCAGCAGAUACUUACUGCUUGUGGUUGACGAAGCCAGCGGCUGCAUGAAGGGCUUCUGUCUGCGGUCCAAGUCUGAGAGUGAAGUCUGUAUCAAGAACCACAUUAUCAAGAUUCAGACUCAGUUCGGCACGAAGAUCAAGUUUAUCACGGUGCCGUAUGCACACCAGACCAACGGCACCGCAGAACGCGCAAUACGGACCAUCGUCACGAUCGGACGCAGCUUGUUGCAUCAUGCAAAACUGGAGAAGUGUUUCUGGGCUGAAGCGGCAAUGACGGCGAUCUACAUCAAGAACCGCCUGCCUUCACCCAAGAUCGACCACAAGACUCCGUUCGAAAUCGUGUACAAGUCGAAACCAAGUGUCAAGCACAUGCGCGUGUUUGGAUGUCGGGCGUUUAUCCUGACACCAAGGGAGAAGCGAUUGAAGUGGGACCCGAAGGCUCGUGAAGGGAUGUUCAUGGGCUACGAAGAAGAGUCAAAAGCUUAUCGAGUGUACGACAUUGAGGCGGGCCAAGUGGUGAUCAGUCGUGACAUCACCUUCGGUGGACCGACCAAGUGA